UCCACCAGUCAGUCGCCGCCCGAAGCAGGCCGCCAAGAGUUGUGCCUCAGCCGUCCGUUGGCAUUCCUCUCAUACCGGGUUUCAGUUUUGUACCACGAUGACAUAGUCUCAGUGCCGUGCGACAUACCAACGUGAAAGCGCACACAAUUUUUUUAAGUUUUUCCGUUGGAACGAGGAAGUCGUAAAGGUCUCCAUUGUUGCAGAACUAGGGACACUCCAUUCCCCUCCACCGAAGGAAGCAGGCGAGACCCGAGCGGCUUGCUCAUUUAAGACCGCUUUUGUAUAAAGACAAGGGAAAAUGGGCGAGCAUGGCCGUACCGACUCGUACCGCGUCGCAACCAUCGCUCCCAUUAAGGACGAUAAUAGAACAGCUGAUGGACAGUACAAGACACGGCGAAAACCUCCUGCGAAGAAGAGAAAACCAGGAGAUCUUGAUGACCUAAAACAGGAAUUGGAUAUUGAUUUCCAUAAAGUAUCUCCUGAGGAACUGUACCAAAGAUUUCAGACUCAUCCAGAAAAUGGCCUUAGUCAUGCAAAAGCGAAAGAGAAUCUCGAAAGAGACGGUCCAAAUGCACUCACACCUCCUAAACAAACGCCCGAAUGGGUGAAAUUUUGUAAAAAUCUAUUUGGUGGUUUCGCAUUAUUACUGUGGAUUGGUGCUAUUCUUUGCUUUAUUGCCUACGGAAUCCAGGCGAGUACUGUCGAAGAACCGUCAGACGACAAUUUGUAUCUGGGUAUUGUACUGGCAGCUGUGGUUAUUGUCACGGGUAUCUUCUCAUACUAUCAGGAAAGCAAGUCAUCCAAAAUUAUGGAAUCGUUCAAGAACAUGGUGCCUCAAUUCGCGACGGUAAUUCGUGAAGGUGAAAAGUUAACGUUGCGCGCUGAAGAUCUUGUACUUGGCGAUAUUGUUGAGGUUAAAUUCGGUGACCGGAUCCCUGCUGAUAUUAGGAUUAUAGAAUCUCGAGGUUUCAAAGUUGACAAUUCAAGUUUAACUGGUGAAUCUGAACCUCAAUCGCGUGGAGCUGAAUUUACGAAUGAAAAUCCUCUGGAGACAAAGAAUUUGGCUUUCUUUUCCACCAACGCUGUUGAGGGUACUGCUAAGGGAGUUGUGAUUUGCUGCGGUGACAACACGGUUAUGGGACGUAUUGCUGGUUUGGCCUCGGGUUUGGACACGGGAGAAACGCCCAUUGCCAAGGAAAUUCAUCACUUUAUUCAUUUGAUUACUGGUGUUGCUGUCUUCCUUGGUGUUACAUUCUUCGUAAUUGCUUUUAUUCUCGGCUACCAUUGGCUCGAUGCCGUAAUCUUCCUCAUUGGUAUCAUCGUCGCUAAUGUACCUGAAGGUUUACUUGCUACUGUAACAGUAUGUCUGACUCUCACUGCCAAACGAAUGGCUUCUAAGAACUGUCUGGUUAAGAAUUUGGAAGCCGUCGAAACUUUAGGAUCAACUUCGACCAUUUGCUCUGAUAAGACUGGCACUUUGACCCAAAAUAGGAUGACUGUCGCUCACAUGUGGUUUGACAACCAGAUUAUUGAAGCUGACACGACUGAGGAUCAAUCUGGCGUACAAUAUGAUCGCACUAGUCCAGGAUUUAAGGCACUCGCUAAAAUUGCAACCUUGUGCAACCGAGCCGAAUUCAAAGGUGGUCAGGAUGGUGUGCCAAUUUUGAAGAAGGAGGUAGCUGGUGACGCAUCUGAAGCGGCUCUGUUGAAAUGCAUGGAACUUGCUCUCGGUGAUGUCUUGUCUAUCAGGAAGAGGAAUAAGAAAGUUUGCGAGAUUCCUUUCAAUUCGACCAAUAAAUACCAAGUGUCCAUUCAUGAGAGUGAUGACCCCAGCGAUCCCCGUCACCUGCUUGUGAUGAAGGGUGCUCCUGAAAGGAUUUUGGAACGGUGUAGCACUAUUUUCAUCGGCGGAAAGGAAAAGGUACUAGACGAAGAAAUGAAGGAAGCUUUCAACAAUGCGUAUUUAGAACUGGGUGGUCUAGGUGAGCGUGUAUUGGGAUUCUGCGAUCUUCAACUACCCUCCGAUAAAUAUCCCAUCGGCUACAAGUUCAACACUGACGACCCCAACUUCCCCCUGGACAACCUUCGCUUCGUUGGCCUCAUGAGUAUGAUUGAUCCACCACGUGCGGCUGUGCCCGACGCUGUUGCUAAAUGCCGAUCAGCUGGUAUCAAGGUUAUCAUGGUGACGGGUGACCAUCCUAUCACAGCGAAGGCUAUCGCCAAGUCCGUGGGCAUCAUUUCGGAGGGCAACGAAACCGUGGAGGACAUUGCUGCUCGUCUGAACAUCCCAGUGUCGGAGGUGAACCCGCGUGAAGCGAAGGCUGCUGUCGUGCAUGGAACUGAGCUACGUGAACUGAAUUCGGAUCAAUUGGACGAGAUUCUAAAAUACCACACGGAGAUCGUAUUCGCCCGUACAUCGCCCCAACAGAAGCUCAUCAUUGUGGAGGGUUGUCAGCGCCUGGGAGCCAUCGUGGCUGUCACCGGAGACGGAGUCAAUGACUCACCAGCGUUGAAGAAGGCCGACAUCGGUGUUGCCAUGGGUAUCGCUGGCUCUGACGUCUCUAAGCAGGCUGCCGACAUGAUCUUGCUUGACGACAACUUCGCUUCUAUCGUGACUGGCGUCGAGGAAGGCCGUUUGAUUUUCGACAACUUGAAGAAAUCCAUCGCGUACACUCUUACAUCGAAUAUUCCUGAGAUAUCUCCCUUCCUCGCCUUUAUCCUCUGUGACAUCCCCCUGCCCUUGGGCACCGUUACUAUCCUCUGCAUUGAUCUUGGAACUGACAUGGUGCCCGCCAUAUCCCUGGCCUACGAGGAGGCCGAAUCUGACAUAAUGAAGCGACAGCCGCGUAAUCCUUUCUGUGAUAAACUCGUUAACGAGAGGUUGAUUUCGAUGGCGUACGGCCAGAUUGGAAUGAUCCAGGCCGCGGCCGGAUUCUUCGUGUACUUUGUGAUCAUGGCUGAGAAUGGAUUCCUGCCGACCAAGCUGUUUGGAAUCAGGAAGCAGUGGGACUCGAAGGCGAUCAAUGAUCUCACCGACUCGUAUGGACAGGAAUGGACCUACCGCGAUCGUAAAGCUCUGGAGUUCACAUGCCACACCGCCUUCUUCGUGUCCAUCGUGGUGGUGCAAUGGGCCGAUCUGAUCAUCUGCAAGACCCGCCGCAACUCCAUCGUACACCAGGGCAUGCGCAACUGGGCCCUCAACUUCGGUCUCAUCUUCGAAACCGCUCUCGCUGCAUUCCUGUCUUACACUCCCGGCAUGGACAAGGGUCUACGAAUGUACCCACUCAAGUUUGUGUGGUGGCUGCCCGCGAUCCCGUUCAUGCUGUCCAUCUUCAUCUACGACGAGAUCCGGCGCUUCUAUCUGCGCCGCAACCCGGGCGGCUGGCUCGAGCAGGAGACCUACUACUAGAUCCUCCCACCGCACUCGCAACCGCGUAAUAUUCCAGCUCUCGACAGACUGACAGUUGCGGUGCAAAUGUCGCUCCACUCCAACAUUGGGCAGAUCAUCGUACGCUCUGGCCGGUUCUAGGACCUAUAACAUCUCUUAAACGUUUUUAUUAAUAUCCAUGUAUCCAAUAUUGUUCUACUUAAAAACGAUACAUAUCCAAAAUUAAACUACCUUCAAUAAUUUGUUUGAGCCGCCAUGACACAUGCCGGCCAUUUUGAAUAAUUUGACGUUUAGGCACGUGAUCUGCCCGAUCGUAAGUUCGGAGCCGACAUCCAGUGUAUGUGUAAUCGCUGUCGUGUACGCUUGUUCUCACCGCUUGUUACCGUGUCCCGUCGAGUGUCCGCGGGCGAACGCGCCGCAAUCACCUUUAUAUAUGUAUAUAUAUGCAGUCGUGUGACGUUCAAAUUGUACUGUUAUCGAAAUCAUGUUAUUUUUGUAUUGUUUACUGAUUUCGGACUCGUCUUAUAGAAUCUCGUGUACGUUAGGCGGUGCGUGCGAGCGCGGUCGCGUGCGGGCAAGCGGAGCGCGCUGCAUCUCAAACUCAACCCUAUGACUGUGACGAUUGCGUUCAUAUUCCACUAAUUCACUCUUAAUGUAAUUAAAUAUCGAGGUUUUUUCACGUAAUACAGUAAGUAAAGUAGUAGAGUUAGUUCCGACGUGCGCCGGACACAGUCCCCGAGACACCACGCGCUCCGCGGUCGGCGGCCAACGAAAGCAUUUGUUGUAAAAUUACAUUUAAGCCAUUAUUAUUUAUAGUGAAUAUAGAUUAAGUUGGAUUUUAUGUAUGAAUAAUGUUUAGUUAUCGAUCGAAUGCGUGGCGCGUGCGAGCUAAAUGUUGAGUGAGUGAGUCUAGUGUACUACCGCUUACUGUUAGGUAGGUAGUUGAAAUUUUGAAGCAUAUUUUCGAUCGUAAUGUAGAGUCGGAGCAUGUUACACAGUCGCGCCGGACGACGGCCAGUGCCGCAGCACGCGUCGUUCGCCGCACUCGCGACACUGUGCUUUUCUUUUCCUAAACUAAUCAGAUCAUUAGUGAAUUUCAUAUUUAUAAUAGGCUGCUCAUGGUAAUUAAGAGUUUUAUUUCUUAAAUUAUUUAAAUGAUAAUAAACAAAAUGUAGAGAUGCGUAAUUAGAGAUUUUUAAAAUUAUACCAGUUAUUAUAGUCUUAUUGAUUGACGCUCGAGUCUUCUACCUGUGGAGCGUAAGGGUUGGUGAGGGGUUAGCUUGUGGAUAGGAUAUGGUGCCAAGGGCCUGGGGUGGACAGGGGCGUGACAGAGGGACCGAGCGACGAUUGAUUCCAAUUUUGGUAACGAAUACAUAUAAACAUAUAAUGGUUACAGAAGUAAUAUAUAACAUUAUAGUAACUAAUAAAUCUAAAUUAUAUGAAAUGUUUAUAGAUCUAAAGUGAUGUUUGUUUGUUUGUCUGUCUGUUUGUUUAGAGUGAACUUUCCGUGCUUGUUCGUAUGAACUGUACACUCAGUGACAAUAGCCGUUCAUCAUUGUCGAUGUAAUUGUUAGACGGCUGAGGUCGUAUGGGAGCUGUAUGUUUGUUUGACGUACGUACACUGUAGGUAUAACGUUUGUUUUGCGUUCGACAGUAAUUCUUUACACCGUUUUCAUUUCAUAGUAUUACUCUGUUGGCUAGGAGCGCUGUAAAAAUGUAAGUGUUAAUAAAAAAAACAUUUUCAAAAUAUUA